UGCUCUCCACUGCAAUCGGGAGUACAUAAAGGGAUACAGAGGCGAAAUCCUCGCACUUCCGCUGGCGAUAUUCCCGGUGCGCAAGACAGGAAUCCGCCAUUGCUUUGGCAGUUUUGUGAGGUUCGCAGAGUUUACUGUUUAUUUGACUGGAUUUAACGGAAUAACAUCUCCAUGUCAGUCACUAAAUUACCAAAUCGGUUGUACUACUUCCCAAAACCUAACCGAUGGCAAAACGGUAUUGGCGCUGAAUUACCAGAAGCAUAUAAAAAAUUCUGGCGCGAGUGGAAGCUCCAGACGCCCACUGCAGUCCAUUACAUCCCGGAGGAGGGAAAGUACAAGUGGGAUGAAAAUCGCCAGAUGGUACUGCCAGUCCAAAAUAUUCCACUCCCUCUAAAAUACCCCAAACAGCUUGAUUAUGGAAUUUGGGGUGGGGAGGCCAUCGUCCAGGGCUUCCGCAAGAAGGGAAAAUACUGCAGGAGAGUAGCCAAGUUCUGGGUGCCCACGCUUCGAAAUUCCGUUGUUUACAGCGAGGUUUUGAACAAAUACAUGAAGACUACUGUGACAAUGAGGACUAUUGAUUUGAUUCAUGAACAUUAUGGCUUCGAUCACUAUUUGCUCAAGACACCUGCUUGUGACUUGAGAUCACUGUUAGCUGUUAAACUCAAGAGGGAAAUUUUGAUAGCCUUGGCUGAUAAAACGUUGUAUCCAGACGAUCCUGAGAAGCGAGAAGAAGUUUACAACAAAUAUAAAGAUUAUCUAUCUGCGUACACGAGAGAGGAAAUUGACUGGUACGGUCUGUCCUACAAAGAUGCGACUAAAAAGUGGAUAGCAAUGAAGGCGCCUUCCCUGGAGCCAGAGCCAUUCAAGAUCAAAUACAGAUCAGAAUUAAUUGCUAAACUAAAAGCAGCCAAAAUUGCAGAGGCUGCUUAUGCAGAGGUUGAAGAAUCAAGUAAAUCCUGGAUUUCUAAGAUUAAUCCAUUCUCAAAAACUCCGAAGACAGAGUGAUGAAACUCAGCAUCUCCAAUGUAAAUAAACAAUAGCAAAUAAAUUGCAAUGAAGAACAGUUUCAUAACCAAA